CCGCGGUUACGUUCACAUCCCGAAGCUGCUGAAACGCGGGCACCGGUCGCGCGUCUUUGAAAACUUAAGUUUACUUUUUUCUGUUUCUGCGCUCGAUUAUCUUUUUAUUUCUUUGGUUGUGGUUUUUGUGAUGGUUAUUUUUUCGGAAUUUUAACGGUCUUGGAUUAGGGAUCUAAUAUGUAGUAGAAUUUUCAUCCAUAAUAUUGUGAUAGUAUUCCUAAGAAAGGACUGGAUUGGACUACGCAUCUUUUUUAUAAAGUUUUAAUUAGCUUUCGUCAAAUAUUUAAAUAGCAAAAUUGUCUGUCUGAAAUUAUGUUGUUAACAACUCUACCAAGUGUUAAAUCGAAUGAUUAGUUCGAAACAAUGGGAUCAAACAAUAAUAAAUCUUAGAGACAAGACGAUGGGGAUUGAGGAUUACUACUCGGAUGUACCUAAUUCCUCGACGUUCUACAACUUAUCGACAAGUUACACUGAAAUCGCCAUGAACUUCACCGAACUUCCGCCUGACCGGAUCAAUCAAAACCCUGAGGUCCUGAACAUCACCAACGAGGUUCCGAUCAAGUAUGCGAUUCCUUUGUUCGGGUACGCGAUGCCGUUUCUGCUCGUGGUUACAGUGACUGUAAAUAGUUUGAUUGUGGUUGUUUUGAGCAAAAGACACAUGAGAACCCCUACUAAUGUUGUCCUAAUGGCGAUGGCUCUAUGUGAUAUGUUUACUCUGUUGGUACCUUCACCUUGGCUGAUAUACAUGUAUACUUUUGGAAAUCACUACAAACCUCUAUGGCCUAUCAGCUUGUGCUAUUCUUGGAACAUCAUGUAUAAUAUUUUCCCCAACAUUCUUCAUACGGCAAGCAUGUGGCUGACGUUGGCACUUGCAGUGCAGAGGUACAUUUACGUAUGCCAUGCGCCUUUAGCUAGGAAAUUUUGUACCCUGCCUAACGUCUACAAGUGCUUGGGGUACAUCAUGUUUUUUGCAACCAUGCACAACAUAUUGAGGUUCUUUGACCAUGAAUACGUUGCGUUUAAAAUGGUGUGGGAGAAUCAAACGGUCAACGUAUGUUUAAAGCGAACACCAGAUUGGGUGAAAAAUACGGCGACUUUCUACCAUAUGUCCUAUUUUGUAUUUAGAAUAGUAUUUGUUUAUAUUAUCCCCUGUACAGUCCUAAUUAUAUUAAAUUUGUUGUUGUUUAAAGCACUGAGACAAGCCGAAAGUAGGCGUGAUAAACUUUUUAAACAAUCGAUAACGAGUUUUAAAAACGAGCCAAGACGCCAACUUGAUUCAAAUUUGACAACGUUAAUGUUAAUUGUUGUUGUCAGUGUGUUUUUGUUUGUCGAAAUACCUUUAGUUAUACUCACUUUAUUACACGUCAUAUCAAGCACCAUCGUUGAGUUCUUGGACUACAGCAUCGUCGACAAUUUGAUGUUGUUUUCAAACUUUUGUAUAAGCGUCAGCUACCCGAUUAAUUUCGGUAUUUACUGCGGCAUGUCCAGGCAGUUUAGGCAGACGUUCAAGGAGCUUUUUAUAGCCGAAUUGUCCGAUCCAAGGAACGGAUCGUCCAGAUAUUCUAUCGUAAAUGGACCAACAAAGAAUACUAACGAUGAAACUGCGCUGUAAAAUAUUGAUGAUUUUUUGUUAUACAUGUUAUUAAACUUUAGACAAUAUAUUUUAUUAUGUUGUGGUGUUUUUUAAACAAAAAUAUUAUUCAUUAAUAUUAUAUAAAUAAUAAUUAAAUUCCCUUCCUCUUUAUUCAUAAAUGUAUGUCUUACAGGGUAUGUAUAACUGGGUAAAAACAUAUACAUAUUUAAAUCAAUAUCUACUAACUAUCUUUUAAGCUAAAUGUAUUUUCGUAACCUUAAUGUAUUCCUUAUCUUAUCCUAUCUUAUAGG